UUAAGCCAGACAGCCUGUCUAUACUGUAUGGGUCCUAUAGUAAAUUCAAUCAUAUUAUGAUAAACUGUGUUUAGUGUGAUAGUGAAGCACUGCAUGUGACAGCGUGACAGGCAUUCUCAGAGCGUGUGGGGCUGAUAUUACAAACAGGUCUAAAAAUAUCCCAUUACUCCUGCAAACACCAAUGUAAAAUUUAGUUGGCUGCCAACAAACCUCCGGAGACCGGGACUUUCACUGAAGAUUUUACAGAUAAGACUGGAGUUGCCCAUUCAUUGGGAUAUUUGAUAGUGACGAAGGAAUGGAAGACGUCGAUAGAUGUGAGGAGGAGCUUAUUGAGUAUGCCAUUCGAGAGAGUAUUCGAGAUGUAUCAAUAGACAGCAUACGAACAGUCAGUGGUGACUAUCUGAGGAUAGUGACUGCCAUCGAGCAAGGUGAUGUGUGUACCCUGCAGGAGCUGUCUGGGUUGCAGGCUUUCACAGAGAGGGACAGCAGAGGGUGGCUUCCCCUACACAGAGCCGCUGUGCAGUCCCAGGGAGAGGUCUUGGAUCAGGUCCUGCUGGCUUCCUGUGAUGUGACUGUGGAUGAUGUGACUGCAGACGGUGACACAGCGUUGAUUCUGGCUGCUCAGGAGGGUCUGCUGGAGAACGUCAGGACUCUACUGCAGCAUGGAGCGUCUCCACACAAAACCAACAGCCUGAACGAGUCCCCACUGCUGCUCGCGGUGAGAGAGGGAUCAUAUGACAUGGUGUCCACUCUGAUCAUUUGUGGGGCCUUCGUGGAACAGGUGUGUCUGAAGAAGUGGAUGGCCAUUCACGAGGCAGCCAAGGUGGGCUGCAGUGCCAUCCUGGUGCUUCUGCUGAAACAUGGGGCCAAGGUGACAGCUGUAGAUGGGCACAAUGUCACCCCGCUGGGCAUCGCAGCAGAGUACGCCCACGUGGAGGCCCUGGAUAUACUCAUAAAGAACGGUGGCGACGUGAACGCCCAGGCAUAUAACGGAGACAGUGUUCUGUACGAUGCAGCCGGCUCAGGGAACCUGGACUGCAUAUACCUCCUCCUGCAAGCUGGAGCCAACCCUAACAUAGCCAGUCUGGCCUGCCAGCUGCCCAUACACAGAGCUGCCUAUGAGGGACACAUCCUUGCUCUGAGGACCUUCAUCCCCAUCACAACUAAGAGAGCCAUCCGUCUGUCUGGCCAGAGCCCAGUCCACUCGGCAGCAGAUGGAGGCCAUGUUGACUGUCUGGAGCUGCUCAUAGAGAAAGGCUUCGAUGUCAACGCUCAGCUGGACACACACAUCUCAGAGAACUACGGGGACAUGAGGCGGAGUCCGCUCUACUUCGCCGUAUCCAACAGUGAUCUCACCUGCACAGAGAUGCUGCUGGCUGCCGGCGCCAAAACUGACCUGGACCCGCUACGCUGCUUCCUGGUGGCUGUACGCGCUGGGAGGUAUGAGCUGGUGCGUCUGCUAUUGUCCAGGGGUGCCGAGGUCAACUGCUACUUCAGAAUGAUCAGUGACACACUGUUUCCCACCGCGUUGCAGUACUGUCUCAGAGAUCACACGAUUCUGCGCCUGCUGCUCAACAACGGCUACGACGUAGACAAGUGCUUCAUGUGUAACCAUGGCAACGGGCAGGAUAUGGACUGCGACUCCUGGGUCGACUACCGAAAUAACCAUAGAAGAACUUUAUUUUAUAACCAGGACUGCAGAGCUCCGUUCUGUGAAAUCAUCUCCCUGUCGUCGGUGGUCAACCUGGCGGGGAGUGUGGUACGGAUGCUUCUGGACUACAUCAGACACCCACGUAUCUGCCCCAACCUCCUACGGGUCCUGGAGAAACAGAAAGAGUGGCCAGACAUCUGUGACAUUCUGGACAACCCGCUGUCCCUGCAGCACCAGUGUCGUUUGGUCAUUAGGAGACAGAUGACCCCUAGAAGACUGAAUGACCCUCAGGUCAUGGCUGCCGUACCGUUCCCCCCGUCACUCAAACACUACCUCACCUACAGGGAGAACGACGAGUAUGGUGGGUUGGCAGCCACACACUCAUAAGAGGACUAUAUCAAUGAAAACAUUGUACAUAACUGAUCUAUCACAUAAUGCUUUAGCUCAUAUACUUGUGCUUAUAUGAGGUAUGGCAAGUGUACUUGUUGUGUAAUGUUUGUAAUAACUACAUUUAUUGUCACACUGAUAUAUGCUCUCUGAAUAGUCUGAAUAGUCCUUACCAUAGUACAUCUACAGCUGUGCAUCAUGGUACAGUGCAUGUCGUGUGAUCUACUCCUCAAGAUCUCCCCAUCGGAAAAGCAGUUCAGGACUAAAAAUAACUCUCAGAGCUCAUUCAGUUUAUACAUAGAGCUAAACACUCACUGGACACUGGUCUGAAUGACUCUGCUGCAAUGGACUGUUGACUUUUACAGUGACCCUGACACCUACCUGACUCAUUAGACCAGGGCUUAAAUCUAGAGAGAUCUAGACAUCCAUAUUAUACCCUCGAGGUUCUGGGAGUUAGUUGUGGAGCUCUGGAUCUGAGACUGUGUUGUCACUAGCCCUGUUUAUACCUGGUGCUAACAUGGAUUCUUUGUCCUGAUCUUGUCCACAUUCUGAUUGUGCCCACAUUUUUAGACAUGUGUAGACGAUUAAAAGAUGCAUUGUGAUCAGAUUUCACUGACAACCUCCGGAGGUAGUCAGGCGUGCAAGUGUAGACUGAUCAGGACAGUGAAACAAUUUAAAUCAUCAUUAUCCAGCACUCUAAAAUCAUUGACAAGUGACUCAAUAUGAGUCUUAAAAUAAGUAAAUACAUGAAAGAAUGUCUGAAAAUGUGAAUAUUGACAAGAUCAGGACAGGAUGCAUGUUUGCACCAGGUAUAAACAAGGCUACGGAGGCCUGUUGGGUGUACUACAAAGCAGAAUCAAUGAGUUAGCCAGCUAACUUUGAUAAACAACCAGAAAUAACUAUACAUUUUCAGGUUUAUUAUGAAAGCUUAACUUAGAUACUGUAUGUGUUUUUGGAAGUUGAAUCAAUCAGACCAUUCCAAGCGUAUCUUUCUGAAACAAAUAAGAAGUUAUUUCAGAAUAUUUAGGAGUUGGCUGGCUAACUCAAUGAUCCUGCUGUGUAGUGCAACCCUCAGCUCAACUCUCCCUGGCACACAGAGAGGGUAUGAGCCAGAUCUCGUAACAUUCCCCAAAUACAUGUUAGGAUUUUGGCCGUUUUCCCAAAGCAAAGUCAAGUAACCCUAAAAUACCAUUUGGUGGUAAUGUUACAAUCAGCAUCCACACACAUGACUAUAGUCCUAUGCAGUGCCUGGUAUCCUCCACUCCAACCAAGCCUUAGGCCUUUACAGUUGCUGUAUUCAGAAAUCAUAUAGUUUAUUUAUUUAACUAGGCAAGUCAGUUAAGAAAAAAUUCUUAUUUUCAAUGAUGGCCCAGGAACAGUGGGUUAAACUGCCUUGUCCAGGUGCAGAAUGACAUAUUUUUCACCUUGUCAGCUCAGGGAUUUGAUCUUGCAACCUUGCGGUUACUAGUCCAACGCUCUAACCACUAGGCUAUCUGCCGCCCCAGUGAAAUGUUUCAAGUGAAGAACACCCCAGGUAACUGACUGAACCAAACGUGGGUUCUGCUGUUGUGAAGGCACAGCUAGCGGAGGGUAGACAAGAGUAGCAUGGUCCAAUGUAGAAUUACGUUGAGAGAGUUCUAGCAUUGCCAGACUGUUGUUGUUAUCUGAACAGCAGCAUUCCUGCCCUGUCAACACCAGCCUGCCGCUCAGAGACACAGUGAAGUGGAAACUGUGUUCCUACCCACUAGUCAUACCAUAGACCAGGGAUCUCCAACCCUGUUUCUGGAGAGCUGACCUCUUGUAGGCUUUUGCUCUAAUCCCAGUUUUAUCUAACCUGAUUCAGCUUAUCAACCAGCUAAUUAUUAGAAUCAUGUGAGCUAGAUUUGUUAUUUGGUAUUUUGUUAGGAUCCCCAUUAGCAGCGACUCCUCCUGGGGUCCACACAAAACAUGAAAACAUGACAUAAUACAGAACAUUAAUAAACAGCUCAAGGACAGAACUACAUACAUUUUUAAAAAGGCACACACACUGAAGCCUAGAUAUCAAUACAUACACACAAAUAUCUAGGUCAAAUAGGGGAGAGGCGUUGUGCCGUGAGGUGUUGCUUUAUCUGUUUUUUGAAACUAAGUUUGCUGUUCAUUUGAGCAAUAUGAGAUAGAAAGGAGUUCCGUGCAAUAACGGUUCUAUAUAAUAUUAUACGCCUUCUUGAAUUUGUUAUGGAUUUGGGGACUGUGAAAAGACCCCAUGUGUGUAAGUUGACUACGCAAACAUUUUUGAAUUUUCAACACUGUAAUGUUUCUUAUAAAAAAUAAGUGAUGCAGUCAGUCUCUCCUCAUCUCUUAGCCAAGAGAUACUGGCAUACAUACUAUUUAUACUAGCCCUCUGAUUACAAUGAAGAGCAAGAUGUGCCACUCUGUUCUGGGCCAGCUACAGCUUAACUAGGUCUUUUGCAGCAUUUGACCACAUGACUGGACAAUAAUCAAGAUAAGACAAAACUAGAGUCUGCAGGACUUGCUUAUUGGAGUAGCAGAACAACACUUUAUUAUGGACAGAUCUGUCCACAUCUUUACAACCAUUGAAUCUAUAUGUUUUGACCAUUACAGUUUACAAUCUAAGGUAACACCAAGUAAUUUAGUCUCCUCAACUUGUUCAACAGCCACACAAUUCAUUACCAGAUCCAGCUGAGGUCUAGAGCUUAGGGAAUGAUUUGUACCAAAUACAAUGCUCUUAGUUUUAAAGAUGUUCAAGACCAGUUUAUUACUGGCCACCCUUUCCAAAACUGACUGCAACUCCUUGUUAAGGGUUUAAGUGACUUCAUUAGCUGUGGUUGCUGACACGUAUAUGGUUGAAUCAUCAGCAUAUACGGAUACACAGGCUUUGUUUAAUGUCAGUAGCAGGUCAUGGGUAAAAAUAGAAAACAGUAGAGGGCCUAAAGAGCUGCCCUGCGGUACACCACACCCUACAUGUUUGACAUUAGAGAGAUUUCCAUUAAAGAAAACCCUCUGAGUUCUAUUCGAUAGAUAGCUCGGAAUAAAACAUAUGUCAGGGGUUGAAAAGCCAUAAAUCAUCAGUUUAGUCAACAACAGUUCAUGGUCAAUAAUAUCAAAAGCUGCACUGAAAUCUAACAGUGCAGCUCCCACAAUCUUCUUCUUAAUUUCUUUCAACCAUUCAUCAGUCAUUUGUGUCAGUGCAGUACAUGUUGAGUGAUCUUGUCUAUAUGCUGAAAGUCUGUUGUCACAUUUGUUUACUAAGAAAUAGCCUUGUAUUUGGUCAAACACCAUUUUUUCUAAAUUCUAAUUUACAAUUUUCUUUUGUUUUUUGAUGCAUGAAUAUGAUGUUUCACUGUUCGUUGUUGGCAUUUCCUGCCAAAGUUUUCCCACUUUGCCAAUAAAGUACUCAUUAAAAUAAUUGGAAACAUCAAAUGGUUUUGUGAUGAAUAAACCAUCUAGAUUAGGGUUGAAGUGAACAGGAACAGGGUUGGAGAACCCUGCCAUAGACAUUCUCUCUGGUCACACUAAAGACCAGAGAGAAUGGACCAGAGAGAACUAUAAGAUGCAACAAGCAACCUGGUCUCAGAGAAAGAAGUAUAAUACUUUAAUGAUUAUCAUCCAAUUCGUAUAUUAUUGUACGACUGGGUAAGACAUAUCCCACUUCCCAAACUGGUUUACUCAAUGUUGUUUCAAUGUAAUAGUAGACGUAUUGCGACGUGGAAUGUCUUGGACAAUACAUUGGAUUUGAAAAGAGUAAUCAAUGUCAAUUGUUGUUUUGAGAGUUGAAAUUUCAACCACAGGAUUAUGCCAUCAUGGUAGCCAAAUUUCAACAUAGCCUUUUAUAAAAUAUGUUGAAUUUGAUUUGUACCUUUAUAACAACGUCAGAUCUUCAAUGUAAUAUCCACUAUCAGAAAGAUAGUGUCAGUCAAUGUCUCCUAGAGGUUAUGGAUUAUGCAGUGUUACUUAAAAAUAACAUUCCAAUAGAAAACGGUAGCUAGUAGGUAUUUAGGCCUAUAUAGUAUUUGCAGUCAGCAACAGCUAUUGUUUCAAUUCAACCCAGAAUUCAACAACAAAUAGACAAUUCAAUUGGCCGAGCAUUUCAAACUCUGGUUGAUUUGAAAUGUAGUGAUUUUGAAUUGUGUUUGGCUGUCAACUAUACCAAAUAUCAACAUUCGAAGGAGAUGUAUAUUUUGCUUGGAUAGUUUCAUCUGUGCCACUAAAUUAGUCAGGCUUUAAUUCCAGUUUGUCUACAAAUGAAUAAUUGAUAUGUUGGACUCACGUCUCCAUCUCAAACAAAAAUCGAAGUAAAAACAAGAGCGCUAAAUCCAUAUUUAAAGUGCAUUUAAAGCAUGAUAUGAUUUGAUUUAGUCCUAUUCUUUAAAUGUGAUGUUUGGUUGAGAUGGAGACGUGAAUCCAAAAUGUAUCUUAUUAAUUUGUAGACAAACUGGAAUUAAAGCCAGAGUCAAGUGUUAUUAGUCACAUGCGCCGAAUACAACAGGUGCAAUGCCCCUGUAUGAUGAUCAGCAUGGCAGAUGUGUUGUUACCUACCCUUACCACCUGGGGGCGGCCUGUCAGGAAGUCCAGGAUCCAGUUGCAGAGGGAGGUGUUUAGUCCCAGGGUCCUUAGCUUAUUGAUGAGCUUUGAGGGCACCAUGGUGUUGAAAGCUGAGCUGUAGUCAAUGAAUAGCAUUCUCACAUAGGUGUUCCUUUUGUCCAGGUGGGAAAGGGCAGUGUGGAGUGGAAUAGAGAUUGCAUCAUCUGUGGAUCUGUUGGGGCAGUAUGCAAAUUGGAGUGGGUCUAGGAUAAUGGUGCUGAUGUGAGCCAUGACCAGCCUUUCAAAGCACUUCAUGGCUGCAGACGUGAGUGCUACGGUUCGGUAGUCAUUUAGGCAGGUUACCUUAGUGUUCUUGGGCACAGGCAUUAUGGUGGUCUGCUUAAAACAUGUUGGUAUUACACUCGGACAGGGAGAGGUUGAAAAUGUCAGUGAAGACACUUGCCAGUUGGUCAGCGCAUGCUCACAGUUGCACGUGCUGGUAAUCCGUCUGGCACUGAGGCCUUAUGAAUAUUGCCCUGUUUAAAGGUCAACUCUGGGUGAGAGUUUUCUUGUUUGCUUAUUGCUUAUUCAAUGCUGUCUUAGUCCCAGCUUCUGACUGUGGUGGUAUGUGAACAGCUCCGAAAAAUACAGAUUAAAACUCUCUAGGUAGAUAGUGUGGUCUGCAGUUUAUCAUGAGAUACUCUACCUCAGGCAAGAAAUAGCUUGAGACUUCCUUAGAUGUCUUGCACCAGCUGUUAUUUACAAAAAUAGAUAGUCCGCUGCCCCUUGUCUUACCAAAUGCUGCUGUUCUAGCCUGCGGUGCAGUGUAUGACCGGCCAGCUGUACGUUGAUAGUGUCGUCGUUCAGCCGCGACUCCGUGAAGCACAAGAUAUAACAGUUUUGAAUGUCUCAUCGGAAGUUUAAUCUUCCACGUAGGUCAUCUAUUUUAUUGUCCAAAGAUAGCACAUUUGCUAGCAGAAUGGAAGGAAGUGGUGGUUUAUUCAAUCGCCUACAAAUUCUCAACAGGCAGCCCACCCUCGGUCACCUUUUUCUCUGCUUCCUCUUCAUGCAAAUCACGGGGAUUGUUCCCAUGAAAGUAGUAUAUCUUUCACGUUGGGCUCAUCAGACUCCUUAAAGGAAAAAAAGGAUUCUGCCAGUCCGUGGUGAGUAAUCGCAGUCCUGAUGUCCAGAAGUUAUUUCCGGUCAUAAGAGACGGUAGCGGCAACAUAUUAAACAAAAUAAGUACAAAAAUAAGUUACGAACAAUGCAAAUAAACAAACAAAAAACACAAUCGGUUGGGGGCACGUAAAACGUCUGCCUUCUUCUCCGGCGCCAUAUUGAUACAGUGUUUGAGUUGUACAGAUGGAACUAUCCAAGCAGAAACAUCUCUUUCAAAUGUUGAUAUUUGGUUGCGUUGCCAACCAAACACAAUUCAAUAUGACUUUUAAUACAGUAAAUAGCCAAAUCUUACAAACUAAUCUAACAUUCAACCUUAAAAUGAGUAACACAUCCACGGCCACAUUGAGGUUACUGUUACUAUAUAUGUCUACUUAUGUAUUCAUAAAGAGCAUCCAUGUUCAAGAUACAGUAGCAUGAAUAGGUUGUCGCAGGACUGUGAAGAUCUUCAAAACCGCUGUAAUAAUCGGUGCAGAAUCUCGAGCGGCAUUGAUCACUUGCACCAUGUACUUUUAAUGUCAUUUCAACUGCAAUCCAGGUCCUUUGGUUCUGCUAUUAGAUGUUGCACAGUGAUAAUACAUUAAUAUGUUGUAUAAAUCAACAAAAUAUCUGACAUUAUAUUCCCAUUUGAGCUAUGCUGUUCUUAUAAAUAGUUUAAAGCAAUAAACAUUGUUUUUCCA